UGGGCGGCCGCGGCGGGACACGCGCGGCGGAGAAUGCGGAACCGGCCGCGGGCCGAGCCGGCGGGGAUGGCGCAGGGGCGGCGGCGGGUGGCCAGCGCGGGGCCCUAGCGGCGGCGGCGGCGGCGGCGCGGACAUGGCCAAGGAGCGGCGGCGGGCGCUGCUGGAGCUGCUGCGGCGCGCGGGGAACGGGCGCUGCGCCGACUGCGGCGCCCCGGACCCCGACUGGGCCUCCUACACGCUCGGAGUCUUCAUCUGUCUCAGCUGCUCCGGCAUUCACCGCAACUUCCCCCAGCUCAGCCGCGUCAAGUCUGUGCGCCUGGACACCUGGGAGGACAGUCAAGUGCAGUUUAUGGCAGCCCACGGGAACGAGGUCGCCAGAGCCACGUACGAGGCCCAGGUGCCACCCUUCUACUACCGGCCCACGUUUGCCGACUGCCAGGUCCUGCGGGAGCAGUGGAUUCGGGCCAAGUAUGAGCGACGGGAGUUCACGUGCCCUGAGAAGCAGGAGCCCUACUCUGCAGGCUACCGUGAGGGCUUUCUGUGGAAGCGAGGCCGAGACAACGGCCAGUUCCUGAGCCGGAAGUUCGUGCUGACGGAGCGGGAGGGCACCCUCAAGUAUUUCAACAGGAUUGACGCCAAGGAGCCCAAAGCCAUCAUGAAGGUGGAGCACCUGAACGCCACCUUCCAACCAGCUAAGAUCGGCCACCCGCAUGGGCUGCAGGUCACCUAUCUAAAGGACAACAGCACCCGCAAUGUCUUCGUCUACCACGAGGAUGGCAAGGAGAUGGUGGACUGGUUCAACGCACUCCGUGCUGCCCGCUUCCACUACCUGCAGGUGGCCUUCCCUGGUGCCAGCGAUGCAGACCUGGUGCCAAAGCUGUCCAGGAACUACCUGAAGGAAGGGUACAUGGAGAAGACGGGUCCCAAGCACACCGAGGGCUUCCGGAAACGCUGGUUCACCAUGGAUGACCGCAGGCUCAUGUACUUCAAAGACCCGCUGGAUGCCUUUGCCCGCGGGGAGGUCUUCAUCGGCAGCCAGGAGAGUGGCUACACGGUGCUGGACGGGCUCCCACCGGCCACCCAGGGCCAUCACUGGCCACAUGGCAUCACCAUUGUCACCCCCGAGCGCCGCUUCCUGCUGACCUGCGAGACAGCCGCGGAGCAGCAGGCAUGGGUGGACGCGUUCCGGAGGGUGGUGGAGCGGCCCAUGCUGCCGCAGGAGUAUGCUGUGGAAGCGCACUUCAAGCACAAGCCCUAGGGAGCCGGGACCUGGGCAGGCGGCUGCAGCCUUGUUUGGGCCUAGCUGACCUCUGACCCCACGAUGCUGCUCCCCUUUGUGGAUCAUGGACUCGCUGGCUGCAUCUGACUUGGGCUUGGUGGUUGCAGCCUUCAGUCCCCCUCCCCCCAUAUUUAUUGAGCAUCUAGGGGGAGGAGGGAGGGUGGAGGGAGCCCCCCACAACAGCCCACCUCAGCACCACUGGCCUGCGGGCUCAGGCCAACCCGCCACUGUGCCGGGAGCCAGCACCGGUGCCGGGGGUUCUGCCCCCAUCAGCCCUAACGGGGUGGGGGAGGUGGUCAGUCUCACUGGGGGCAGGAGCUGGGGAGGCCCCUGGCCCUCAAGCCUGUGUGGAAUGGGGCUCCCGGCUCUGCAAUGGGCACUCGAGCUAGGGAGGCCCCCGGACUUGGUUCCCCAGAACAGGGGGCCCCAUCCUACUUUCCAGAGGGCUCUGGAUGGCCAGUGCCUGAGUCUGAGCAGAACCAGGCCCCAAACCCUUCAGGGCUCUGCCUCAUGCCAUCCAGUCUGUCCUCUGCCUGCAGGGGCUCAGCGCUGCCCCUCAGCAGACAUGUCAGAUGGCACCCUCCUGUCUGGGGAUCAUGGACGGGCUCGCCCGGUGGGGAUGCAGCCGAGAAAGGACAUGCAGCAGAGUGCAGUAUAAAGGGUUUAUUGAAACAACAGCCGAUGCCUCCCCAGCUCCCUCUGACAGUCAAUAAAGCCGGUUCCCUCCUC